GGACCCGUAAGUCCAAUUGAGUGUGGGCCAGGCCCAGAGUCCCCACUAAUCCGUGCCUCUGAUUUCGCGGUUACAGUGCCUAAUCAGUAAUCACCAUAUAAAUACACCAUAGUGGUCACAAGUAGCACAAAGUCACAAACCGUUGCUUAGUUUUUUGAAAAAGUAUAGAGUAAUGGGUGCGAGUGCAGUAGUGGAUGAUGGUGACUCUUUUAAGAAGCCAGGAGCAGUUCCUUUCAAGUGGGAGGUAAAACCGGGACUCCCCAUAGUGCAACAGAAGCUCCACCGCCAGAAGCUGGAAUUGCCGUCGCUGAAGCUGAGGCCGCCGCCGCCGGCGGGGUCCUACCUGCUUUCUCCGGUGGAGCCCCGGACACGGUCAUUCCGGUCCAGUCCGAGGGUCCGGUCUGAGCGGUGGCGGUUCGAGCGGCCUCUUCUGGCCCGAGCCGAGAGCGUGUCGUCGGGUUGUUUCUUUUCGCCGUUUUUGAGGCGGCUACAACGGAGGAAGGCGGUUCCGAAGCGUGUGGUUGAGGAGGAUUAUACGUCGGAGCUGGAGACGCUUGGCCGGUGGUCCUUGUCGUCGACCAAGUCCCUCUCGCCGUUUCGGGCCUCAACGGCCUCGUCUUCUGUGGUGUCGUCGCCCCGGCCCGUGAGCGAUGCUGAAUGGGCCGGCUUUGGGCUUUUCUGAACGAGUUAGUGGGUCAUUUUUGGACUUGUAUGCGGAAUCGGAAUCGCGGAGAACUUUUUUCUUUGGCAGGUGAUAAACACACCUCCACUCUCAUAUAAACACACCCCCUUUUUAAAAAAAAAAUAUAAAAUGUCUAAAUUACCCUUUAAAAAAAUGAAAUUCUUAAAUUUACACCUCCCUUCCCCCACCCUCCUUCCCCGCACCCCACAUUUCACACCCCUCUUCUUCCCAAAGCCUCUUUUCGCUCAAUGUUAUUAAGCAAUAUACUUUUACAGUCAUUCUGAAUAGAAAAAAAGGACUAGUCCCACCAUAAUCAGCAUAAGAAAGGUUCUUUUACAGUCAUAGCAUUUCGAAAAGUACUUUUACAGUCAUUAGCAUUCCGGAAAGUACUUUUCGGAAUAGAAAUUAUUGUUCAUAUA